AUGCCUCUCCAUGAUUCGAAGCAAAUGGUUCGAUCCAUUCAUUCUCACUCUCUCUCUCUCUCUCUCUCUUUUUUUUUCUUUCUCUCUAUUCACAUCUCUUUGUGUCUUCCAGUGUUUUCUCUGUUCUCAAUUCGUUGUGUCUUGCGGUGUUUUUCUCUCUCUCUCUCUAUUCACUUGUCUUUUAGUCUUCUCAUGUAUUUCUCUCUAUAUAUUCACAUCUCUUUGUGUUUUCCCCAUGACCUUCCCUCUCUCUAUUCACAUCUCUCUCAGUUUUCUCGUCUCUUUCUCUCUCUCUCUUUCUCUCUACAUUUCUUUGUGUUUUUCUAUCUUCCUCUCGUUAUCUCUCUUUUUGUCACCCCAUGUCUUAAUCUCCCUUUCUCUCUUUUUCUCUCUCUAUUCACAUCUGUUUGUGACUUUCCUUGUCUUCCUCUCUCUCUCUCUCUCUCUCUCUCUCUCUCUCAUUCUAAUCACAUCUCUUUUUGUCUCCCAAUCUGUCAUUCCCUCUCACUAACCGGAUUUUCCUCUCCCUGUCUUUUAAUCUCUCUACCCUCUCUCUCUCUCUCUCUCUCUCUCUCUCUAAUAAGCUCUCUUCAUUUCACUAACUCACUCUUUUAUCUCUCCUCCUACUAUUCUCUAUCCUCUUCUCUCACUUCAUCUCUUUUAUGUGAUGCAAACAACAAUUUCUGUCUAUGA